AUGACCCCACUCUCAUGGACCUACAUUUCAGAUCGCGCUAUUGACCGUCGGCGCGAGGCUGCACAGAAGCGGGUCUUCCAGGCUGCGCUCUUCGCUGCGGAGUGCUCCCGUGAGGACCCGGCAUUCGAUUGGGAACACGAGCAGGAGUUGAAAAGGAUGGCGAUCGAGGAGGAAGAGCGGCUCGCUAGGGAGCGGUGGGACAGCUAUGUCAAGCCGCCUACCCUCGGCAAGGUCGGGCUGGGCUUGGACAUGAUGUUCGCGCCUCGCGGCGCGUUCUCUACGCCUCGUUACGAGGUUCAACCCGACCUUGCCGCACGGCCUAUUGAUUGGAUGCGUACCAGCUUCGACGACAUGAAGCCCCUCGCCGAGGUGCGGGAGGAGCUCAGGGCGAAGGAGCUGGUCCGUGUAUGCUCUGAGGAGUUCAACGGCGAGCUUUCCGUUCGUCUCCCCAGUCUCUCCGGCCGCAAGUUGCGCGUCGGAGAGUCUCCGCCGUUCUAA